AUGUCGCAUACCCUCAAUCUUGAUCAAAUUUGGCGUGCAAAUGCCCAUGUCCCAGAGACUGUCUCGGGCUGUGUUCAUGAUCUCGUUGCCACGAUUGCUGCGCAUCAUCCAGAUGCCCUGGCUGUGUGCGCCUGGGAUGGGGAUUUCACGUAUGCUCAGCUGCAUGCGCUGUCUCGCCGUGUGGCACAACGCCUGAUUGCCCGGCAGACCCCCCGCCAGUCUGUUAUCCCGCUGCUGUUCUCCAAGUCGCGAUGGACCUGCGUGGCCAUGUUGGCCGUCAUCCAGGCAGGCUGCGCUGCCGUUGCGCUGGAUGCUACACAGCCCGAUGCCAGACUUGGAACAACCGGACAGCCGAAAGGCGCGUGCAUCAGCCAUGCGAACGUGCGCAGUGCCGUCCAUCACCAAGGCAAGAAGUUGGGGUUUCAUUCAACAUCACGGGUGUUCGACUUUGCCCCCUAUUCCUUUGACGUCGCAUGGAGUAACUUCCUGCACACCCUCUGCGCGGGAGGAUGUAUUUGCAUUGCGAACGAGCAGGACAUGCUGAACGAUCUGUCCGCCGCCAUCACUGCAUUCAAGGCCAGCGUGAUUAACGUGACGCCUACUGUCUUACGCACCAUCAACCCCAUUCCCCCUACUCUCGAAACGGUGUUGUUGAGUGGAGAGAUGCCGUACCGAGACAACAUCACUCGCUGGGCGGACAAGGUACAGUUGCUCAAUACGUACGGCCCAACGGAAUGUACAUUCAAAUGUGCCUUUUCCCGCCUCACUUCGCAUCUCGAAGGUCGUCCGGAUAUAGGCAGGGGAGUUGGUCACUGCACGUGGGUGGUUGAUGUCAAUGACAGCAGCAGACUGGCCGCCCCAGGAGAGACUGGAGAGCUGUUCCUAGAAGGCCCUCUCGUCGGCCAAGGCUAUCUAUCUGACCAUAAAAAGACUGCUGAUGCAUUUAUCCAUGACCCUCCAUGGCUGCUCGAAGGAAGUAGCGAGAUCCCAGGUCGACGAGGUAGACUUUACAGAACAGGAGAUUUGGUCACAUACAAACCAGACGGGCGACUGCUAUUCAUGGGCCGCAAAGAUACCGCACAACUGAAAAUCCGAGGCCAGCGGGUUGAAAUUGGCGAUGUGGAGCAUCAUGUCCGUGGCUGUCUAGACGAAGAUCUCUCGGUGAUUGCAGACGUCGUCAUGCCGCGUGGGUCAGACACGCUGUCACUGGCUCUGUUUGUUCAGGCACGACCAGACGAGAGAGAACGCGUCAAGGGCCAGAUUGACACCCUGGAAGGCAGAUUGCGUGGGAUCUUACCUUCCUUUAUGAUUCCCACCGUGUAUCUCCCCGUCGAUGUGAUUCCCGUCGCCUCCACCGGUAAGGCUGAUAGACGGCGACUCCUGGAUAUGGGCAACAAUUUGGACUGGAAUGAGAUCGUCGAGCUCCAAUCCACCAUCGUAUCCCCUGUCGAGUAUCGCGAGCCGACAACCGACGCGGAAAGACAGCUGCGGCACAUCUGGGCCCGGGUUCUGGAGCGGGAAGUCGAUGGAAUCAGCACCGGUGAUAGCUUUCUGCGUCUGGGGGGAGACUCGAUCACCGCCAUGUAUCUGGUUGCAGAAGCGCGGAGGGAAGGGCUGUCGUUGAUGGUGGCCGAUGUGUUUACUUUUCCCAUUCUGCGCGAACUGGCAACCAAGGUCGAUCGUGUUCUCCACAGCGAAGUCGUGCUCCCCUUCUUCCUGCUGACCGGCGGGAGAAGCAAAGAGAGCUUGUGUGAAGAAGCUGCCAGACUGUGUGGAGUGGAGGCUGGCGACAUGGAGGAUAUCUAUCCAUGUACAGCACUGCAGGAAGGGAUGUUGGCCAUCAGUGCGCGAGAUGCCAGCGCCGACUAUACAUCACGCACUGUCUUUGACCUGCCCGACGACAUCAAUAUGAGCCAGCUGGAGAGGGCCUGGACAGAGGCCGUGGCAGCAACACCCAUUCUGCGUACGAGGAUCGUCGAGCUGCCAGGCGAAGGUCUCGUUCAGGUGGUCGUGAAGGCCCCAGUGGCAUUGCUCCGAUAUGAGGCUAUCCGCGACUUUACAACUACCAGUUCUCCGGCCUCGCAUCUGGGGAGGCCACUGUGCCGGGCUGGGAUCAUUCAUAGUGAACCGCCUCGUCUGGCCUUGGAGAUGCAUCACUCGAUCUACGAUGGAUGGACCACGAUGCUCAUCCUGGAUACUCUUGACAUGGCGUAUCGGUCGACUUCAGCUUUUUCCGCCCCCCUGUCGUUCCAGCCAUUUGUCAAGCACGUCAUGGCCAUGGACACUGCAAAGGCCACAGACUUCUGGCGUGAAGAGCUCCUUGGCUCCGAUGCAAUGGUCUUCCCGUCUCCUAAAUACCAUCCAAAGGAAAAGCUCGAUUUCCACCACGCCAUCAGUGCGGUGCAGUGGCCCCGUACCGGUACGACUUCAUCGUCCGUGGUGCGGUCCGCACUCGCGAUCCUGCUUGCAUCAUACACAAACAGAGACGAUGUAAAGUAUGGAGCUACCGUGAGUGGCCGACACGCCCCGGUGCCGGAUAUUGAACGUAUCGCGGGACCAACUAUAGCCACUGUUCCUGUGCGCGUCAAGUUAAACUGGGAUGAGACGGUCGAAGAUCUGCUGCAGCACAUUCAGAGACAGAUGGUAGAAACGACAGACUUCGAGCAGUUUGGGCUACAGCGCAUUCAGCGGAUCGACGAGGAGAUUGCGGAAGCCAGCCAGUUCCAGCUGCUGCUGGUCAUCCAGCCCGCUCAUCAAGGAAAGAGUCAGAAACCGGGUGGUCUUUUCUCCCGGGCACACACGGUGUCGAUGCCAGGUGCUUUGGACGCGGACAGCCACGGGGAUCCCGUACUCGUAGCUAAGGAUGGUCGGAGUGACAGUGUGGGGGUCUACAAUUCCUACGCGAUGAUGAUUAUCUGUCAGCUGGGAGAGUCUGGUGUCGAGCUCACGAUCAACUUUGACUCGGGGGCGAUUGGGGGAGGCGAGGUGCAACGGCUGGCGCGGCAAUUCGAGCAUCUAUUGCGCCAAUUGUGCUCAGAGGAGGUUGGCCAUUCUAAACUGAAAGACCUCAGCCCCUUGACCAGUGAGGAUCUGGAUGAUAUCUGGACAUGGAACCGAGAUCUACCACCUGCCGCUACGGAGUUUGUAACAUCUCUGAUUGCGCACCGCGCUGCUACCCAACCAGGCGGUAUCGCCAUAUACGCAUGGGACAACGAACUCACAUACCGACAGCUGCAGGAAAAGUCGAUGGCGGUUGCACGACAAAUGCGAGUGCAUGGGGUGACGCCCGGCUCCAUCGUGGUGCUGAGCUUCGAAAAGUCCUCCUGGCUGGCCAUCACCAUGAUCGCUGUUCUUCAGCUGGGAUGUAUCGCGUUGCCUGUCUCUGCACCAACGUCUGGUCAACGAGCCAGCCAGAUUGUCGAUGCUUUGCAGCCAGCACUUAUCGUGACGUCGGCUGCAUCCCACUUGUGUCCCUUUACUGGCAUGGCGCUGGUGGUGACCCAUGACGAGCUGAUUAAAACGCACGUUGACGAUAAUCCGGAUCUACCAUUGCCACAGCUCCAUGCCGCCGAUCCGGCUUUUAUUCUCUUUACAUCUGGUUCUACCGGGACGCCAAAGCCGAUCCAAUGGAGCCAUGAGACGCUCUCGAGCAACAUUGCGGCCGCUCAGAAAUGCUUCGGGAUCGAUAAUAACAGCCGGGUUUUCCAAUUCGCAGGAUACGAUUUCGAUGUCAGCACAGUAGAAACGCUUGCUGUCCUCGCUGCCGGUGGCUGUCUUUGCAUCGCGUCUGAAUCGGAACGAACGAAUCUACUCGUUGAAAGCAUUGCUCACUACAAUGCGAACUGGAUCUGUUUGACUCCGUCAGUUGCGGAGUCCAUUGCGCCCAAAGACGUACCGUCAAUCCAGACGAUUGUAUUUGCUGGUGAAAAGCUCCAACAAAGGACGGCAUCGCAAUGGUCCGAGUAUGUGGACGUCGUGUACAAUUGGUAUGGACCGGCCGAGGCGUGCGUAGCCACUUCGUAUAAACUUGAUCCCAACGACUGGCAGCCAGGAAUUAUUGGGAGAGGCCACGCAGCCUGUACCUGGCUAGUGGAUCCCAAAAAUGCCAAUGUUCUUGCUCCAGUCGGGGCCAUUGCAGAGCUAUGCAUCGAGGGUCCGCUCGUGGCCAGCUAUACAGGGAGGUGCGGUGCUGGGUUGAAUGAACAGCAAUUCAUCUCCCCGUCCUGGCUCCAGCAGGGAUAUUGGAUGGUAUCGGGGCGAGAUGGGUCAUUAUAUCGAACGGGGGACCUUGUCAAAUAUACCUCUGACGGUUCGCUUCUGUUCCUCGGCCGAGUCCUGGAUUCCCAGCGUAAGCUUCGAGGGCAACGUGUGGAUCUUCAGGACAUUGAGCAUUUAGUCCACGGGUUUGUCAAGGGCAGCAAUGAGGUCCAGACUGUCACAGAGAUCUUCACUCCAUCCCUCAGCGACAAGGACACCCUGGCUCUCUUCUUUAGCUACCGCGACAUGGAUAGCAAGCCCACGUUGCCGGUCGACGAACUCGAAUCGUAUCUGAUGACAGUGCUGCCGUCUUAUAUGAUUCCGAAGCUGUACAUCCCCAUUGCCGCCAUUCCCAUCGGCAAGACAGGAAAGACAGAUCGCCGGCGUCUGCGUCAAAUCGGAAGCUCGUUCACGACAGAGCAGCUGGCGGCGAUGCAGCCGUCUCGGAAGAAGGCCAGGGAGCCUUCCAGCGCAAACGAGAAGAGACUCCAACGACUGUGGGCAGAAGUCUUGGGUGUAGCCGUCGAGUCGAUCUAUGCAACGGACAACUUCCUCCGUCUGGGAGGCGACUCUAUCACGGCGAUGCGCCUCGUUGCCCUGGCCCGCAACGAUGGAUGUGUGCUUACCGUUUCGGACAUAUUCGAGUCCCCUGUGCUGGAGGGUAUGUCGCAGCGACUUGGAAAGGGAAGUAGCUCCGUCGAAGAGGUUCCUCCAUUCUCACUUUUGAGCUCACACGUUGACAAGGAGGAUAGUCGCAGGUCUGCUGCUCAGCGCUGCGGAGUACCAGAAGAACAGGUCCUUGACAUCUAUCCCUGCACUGCGCUUCAAGAAGGCCUGCUGGCAUUAGGCGCAAAAAGCCAUGGCCAGUAUAUAUCGCGGAGUGUGCUUGGGAUUCAGCCCACUGUUGACCCGGACCGACUACGACAGGCGUGGCUAUCCACCGUGCAGGAGUUGCCCAUCCUUAGAACUCGGAUCAUCGAUCUCCCAGGGCAAGGGCUGGUUCAGGUCUUGCUUGAUGAUUCUCCGUGGCGGUAUGGCACUGACAUGGCGACGUAUGUGCGAGAUGACGAACAGGAGCCAAUGGGCAUGGGGAUGCAACUCUGCCGUGCUGCCAUUGUGGAAGGCAGCUUCAUUCUCACCAUUCACCAUUGUAUCUACGACGGUUCCUUCCUCAGGAUGAUUCUGGAUGAACUUGAACACCAGUACCUUGGCCAAUGCCACGCAUCAUUUACGCCAUUCCGCAACUUCAUCCAAUACUUGCGGCGGACUGACCCCCGAGACACCGUCGAGUUCUGGAAAGACCAGCUUUCCAACGUUGAGCUCCAACAGUUUCCAGUCCUUCCCUCCUCCACUUACAUCCCACAGGCCAACGAACAGAUGAAUCAUUCGAUUUCCGUGGAGUGGCCACAUGCCGGAAUGACGCCCUCAACCAUCCUCCGAUCCGCCUGGGCCAUCCUCGAAGCGCAGUAUGUGGCCUCGAACCAGGUGGUGUUUGGGGUGACUACAUCUGGGCGACAGGCGAAUAUGGCUGGCAUCGAACGCUGCAGCGGUCCGACCAUUGCUACAGUACCCAUUGCAACGUCCAUCGAUUGGAAGCAGACAAUCGGGACAUUCCUGGGUCAGAUCCAGCAUCAAAGCAUCCGCAUGGUACCGCACGAGCAGUACGGACUGCAGAAUAUUCAACGGACUGUACAGAAUGCAGACUCGGCGCUGUUCCAGACCUUGCUGGUGAUUCAGCCACUGGCUGAAGGAAAGAGUCUGCAGAAUGACAGUCUGCUAUUCAAAGCACGGAGCUUCUCCUCUAAUCUUGACACUCGGGGAACUGAUCCCUUCAAUGUGUAUCCGUUGAUGUUAAUUUGCGAGCUGACCAGGUCGGGGCUGAGGUUGCACAUCAGCUUUGAUAAUCAUAUUCUUGACCACCGGCAGAUUCAUCGCAUCGCUGGUCAGUUCGAGACAGUCCUUCGACAGCUAUGCACGUCAGACCCAGAAAAAACCAAAUUGGAGGAUGUUCAAACGGCAUCUGAUCUCGACAUCGCUCGAUUGUGGGAGCAGAAUUCCACGCUUCCGCGAGAGCCACAGACAUCAGUGUCCAAGAUGAUCUCAUCCGUGGCAGCCAAACAGCCGGGCUCGAUAGCAAUUGAUGGCUGGGAUGGCCAGCUGUCUUACAAGGAAUUGAACAAGCUGUCCACAGACUUCGCCCACCGGUUGCUCGAACUGGGUAUCUCCAACGGGUCGACAGUCGCUCUGGCCUUGGAAAAGUCCAAGUGGGUACCGAUCCUGCAGCUGGCUAUCCUAAAAGCCGGCGGUGUUUGUUUGCUGCAGUCUGUCGCUGUGCCUGAUCAUCGUAUAGGCACCGUGUUCAGAAACCUCGGCGUGGUGCUCGCCGUGGCUUCACCAUCACGAGUGGACGUGAUCAAGCAGUAUUCCAAAUGUUUCACUAUCGAUCAGAUGCUGGACAUACCCGUCUCAGACAAUCCACUCCCCUCUCCUAGAAUGACCGACCCUGCAAUAGUCUUGGUGUCUUCUGGCAGUACCGGCGAACCCAAGCAGAUUCUGUGGAAUCAUCGCACGAUGAACGCAAACAUCCAGGGUGCCGGAAAGGUAUUCGCCAUGGGCUCCUCGUCUCGCCUGUUCCAGUUUGCCUCGUACGACUUUGAUGUCGCGACGGUGGAAACGCUGUCCACUCUUGCGUACGGGGGCUGUCUCUGUAUUCCCUCCGAGUCUGAACGGCUCAGCGACAUGGCCAGGGCGAUCAACCGGUUUGCGGCCAAUGUGCUGCACUGCACCCCGUCCACGGCACGACUGCUUAGCCCUCACGCGGUGCCCACUCUGUCAUCGCUCAUCCAGGCGGGAGAAAAGCUGGCCGAAGAAGACGUGGCCAGGUGGAGCGGCAGGUGCAAGGUGAUCAACUGGUAUGGCCCGGCGGAAUGCAGUCUGGCUGCUGUUUGCCCUGCCACCCGGCCAUCCUGGUACACGGGGAUGAUUGCGGGCCCUGCGGACGAGGCUGGAGCUGGCCAUCUCCCUCUGCGCUGGCUGGUUGACCCGCAUAAUCCUCAUCGGUUGGCGCCAUUUGGAGCUCCUGGAGAGAUUGCUCUCGAGGGUCCGGCAUGCGCGGUUGCGUAUAUUGGCAAUCCGAGUUUGACAGAGAAGGCGUUUUGCAACAACCCGUCGUUUCUCGCCGUUGGCCAGGGAAGCAGCAGAGGACGGACAGGGCGCAUCUACCGGACGGGCGAUUUGGCUCGAUACGACAGCAACGGGAACCUGGUGUUUAUCGGGCGCAAGGAUGCUCAGCUCAAGGUGCGUGGCCAGUUAGUAGCCCCGGAAGAGGUUGAAUAUCACAUUCGACAGUGUGUGGGCAUUGCAGACUUCCCAGUCGUGGUGGAUAGCAUCGUCGAGAAGGAUGGCCUCACAUUGGUGGCCUUCCUUGUGGCAGACGACGUCGAUGCCAUCACGCAUGGCCUGAAUGAACAGCUGCAACAGUCCCUGCCUCGCUAUGCCAUUCCCUCUUACUACAUCCCCGUCCCAGCCAUUCCCAUCGGACCAACCGGGAAAAUAGAUCGCAAGACACUGCGGGCAAUUGGCUCUGCGUUCACGCCGCAGCAGUCCAACAGCCAAUACAUAAAGCCCACGACGGCAGCAGAGAUCACAUUGCAGAGCUUGUGGGCGGCUGCUUUGGGCGUUGAAAUGGACACGAUCUCCGCGAACGACAGCUUCCUCCGGCUUGGGAAUUCGAUUGAAGCCAUGCGAUUUGUUGGGCUGGCCCGCGAGCAAGGAGUGCUGUUGACAGUGGCCCAGGUCUUUGAGAAACCGGUACUAUCCGAUAUGGCGGCUGUGAUUCAGAGCACCACAGAUGACCAGGAUGGGCAGGUCGACCCCUUCACUCUGUUGGAUAGAUCUGUGGAUAUUCAACUGGCCCGACAACAGGCCGCCUCUCUGUGUGGUGUCUCUGAAGACAGCGUAGAAGACAUCUUCCCCUGCACACCGUUGCAAGAAGGUCUGCUCUCACUGACGACGAAGCGAGAUGGAGACUACACAGGACGCAACAUCCUGGAGCUUCGAUCUUCUGUCGACAUUGGCCGGUUCAAAGCCGCAUGGGAGCAAACAGUGGCGAGGAUUCCGAUUCUGCGAACACGCAUCGUUGAUCUCCCCGGUCAAGGCUUAGUGCAGGUCGUAAUCGAAGAUGCCGACGUGUGGACUGAGGCAAACGACGCAGAGGACUAUAUCGCAAAGGAAAAGCAGCGGCCGAUCGGGCUAGGAUCGCCGUUGAUGCGAUGCGGUUUAUUCGCGACAUCGCCAGGUCAACGCGGGCGUUUCACCUUUGCCCUCACGAUGCACCACUCCAUCUAUGACGGUGUGAGCACGUCGUUAGUCCUGGAUACCCUGGAUGCACUCUACCACGGCACACAGCCUCUCACAUUAAGCACCUUCCAGCCUUUUGUACGGUACAUCAGCCAACAGGAUCAGAAUGCCGAAUCCACCUUUUGGGCCUCGCAGUUUGCCGGUCUCGAAGCAUCUCAGUUUCCCGCGCUGCCUCAUUCAGCAUAUCAGCCCCGUCCAGAGGCGAGUUUGGAGCAUUCCAUUCGUGGCAUCCGUUGGAGAACAGAUGACAUUACCCCGUCGACGACAAUCCGUGUCGUUUUCGCCUUGCUCUGCUCUCGCUACUCUGAUUCAUCCGACGUUUUCUUUGGGACUGUCAUCAACGGCCGCAAUGCUCCAGUCCAAGGCAUUGAUAGACUGGCCGCUCCCACCAUUGCCACUGUCCCGAUUCGCGUGAGCGUCAAGGGCCAUCAGAGUAUCCAAGCCAUGCUGAUUGCCGCACAAGACCAAGCAACACAGAUGAUUCCGUACGAGCAGAGCGGGCUGUCGAGGAUUCAGAAGAUCAACGACGAGGCACGGCAGGCCUGUCGAUUCCAGUCCUUUCUGAUGGUGCAGCCCCCAGAGACCAAGAUGGACGAGGGCGGUUUGUUCGCACCCCAGCAGUCAUCUCCCGAAAGUGAGGGAGAUCGCUAUCGUGGGUUCAGCUCGUAUGCAUUCUCGGUUGGCUGCACACUUGUGGACAAUGGAGUCCAGCUGCGGUUCACUUUCGACUCUAAAGUGAUUGAUCAUGCCACCGUUGGCACAAUGGCGCACCAUUUUGAACAUCUCCUGCGCAGCGUGACAUCCGAUGAGGUCGAUGAAGUUGCCGUCAGCGAUCUCGAAAUGAUCACAACACAAGACCUCGGCCAGAUCUGGCAAUGGAACUCGCAGACAUACGCGAGUGUUGACCGGUGCAUCCAUGAUCUUAUAGCAGACACGGCAGCAUAUCAGCCAGCAGCCACUGCCAUCUCGGCCUGGGAUGGGGAAUUGACAUAUGAAGAGCUCGACCACUUGUCGACCCAACUAGCCCAUCAGCUCGUCGAGCUGGGUGUUGCUCGAGGGAUGAUCAUUCCGCUGUACUUUGAGAAAUGUCUAUUCUCUUUCCUUGCUUUCUUGAGUGUCAUUAAAGCUGGCGCCGCCGGGCUCUUUCUCGAUCCCGCGCUUCCACAAUCACGACUCCAAGCAAUUGUGCAGCAGGUGAAGCCUAUCCUCAUGCUGGUGUCACCUACGAAUGCAUCACUCGGCUCCUCUAUAGUCGGGCAUGUUGUCAAGGUGAGCCAUGAUUCAAUGCGCGAGCUAUCUGCGCGAGCCAAAAAGACCACACCACUUCCACCGGUCCAUCCAUCGGACCUGCUCUAUGCCGUGUUUACAAGUGGAAGCACUGGAACGCCCAAGGGAGUCCUCAUUCAGCAUCGCCACUUCUGCAGUGCCAUCUUUCAUCAGCACCCGGUCUUCAACCUGGGCCCUGCGAGCAGAAUGUACGACUUUUCUGCGCCUUCAUUCGAUGUGACCUACGGAGCGGUCCUGCCCACUCUAGCCGCCGGAGGCACGGUGUGCAUACCAAGUGACGAAGAAAGAAAAAGCCAUCUGACCGAGAGUCUACGCCACUUCCGAGCAACAGAUACCCUCCUAACGCCGUCUAUCGCGCGCUGGCUUGACCCUAAUUCCAUCCCGACGCUACGGAAUAUUUAUCUCGGCGGCGAAGCCCCUACCCACGAUGAUCUCGCGCUGUGGACUCAUGUGAGGACGGUCAAUUCCUACGGCCCAGCAGAAUGCUCCGUUGGCACCCUCUACUGGAAAGUCCCCAGUCCUAUCCCAUCAAAGAUCCCAAUCGGCACAGGAUACGGUGUCUCGACAUGGGUUGUCGAUCCACAAUCGAGCGAGCGCCUGUCGCCUCUCGGAACCGUCGGAGAGCUAUACCUCGAAGGGCCGCUGGUUGGACAGGGCUAUUUCAUGGAUGAGGAAAAGACUGCCUCGGCCUUUAUUGAAAGCCCAUCUUGGCUGCGCAGGGGAGAUCCCAACGGUCGGGUUCCGGGCAGAGAAGGCCGGUUAUACAAGACAGGAGACCUGGUCAAGUACGAUGCGGUCGAUGGGACAUUACUUUUCGUCGGAAGGAAGAAUACCCAGGUCAAGCUCCGCGGGCAGCGGAUAGAGCUGGGGGAGGUUGAGCAUCAUCUCCGACAGGCCCUCGUGGAUAUGGCCAUCGAGGCCGCUGUUAUUGCAGAGGUGGUGACCCCAGAUGUCACUGGGCGGGCUGCUCUUGUAGCCUUUAUCGAGUCGGACUCGACGAGCGUUUCCACGAUAGCAGGCGAUCUGGAGAAUCGGAUGGCAGAGCGAGUGCCCACGUAUAUGGUUCCCGCCACGUUUGUGGCCAUCAAUCCGAUGCCGUUGACGCCCAGUGGCAAGACAGAUCGGAGGCGUCUACGAGAGAUAGGAUCACGAUUUACAUUGGAGCAACUAGACAGUGGAAGGCAAUCAAACUGCCAGUCUCCAUCUACAAAAGAGGAAUGUUUGCUACAGACAUGGUGGACAUCCGUGAUUGGGGUUCCAGCCGAUCAAAUAUAUAUCGACAGCAGCUUCCUUCGACUUGGUGGCGACUCCAUUUCCGCCAUGCGUUUGGCUUCUUUAGCUCGCAGUCAGGGCAUAUCUUUGCCUGUACAAAAGAUCUUGAAUCAGCCCCGGCUAUGCGACAUGGCACAGGCAAUGGUGCCCUUGGACCCGAAUCACGAUGAUGCUGGUCCGGUCAGAGUCACUCCGUUCUCCCUGUUGAAGCAUCCAGAGGACAACGAACGGACCCUCGAUGAUAUCUCUCAGCAAUGCAAUAUCAGCAGGUCAGAGAUCCAGGAUGUCUUUCCCUGCACCGGCGUGCAAAAGUCGUUGUUAUCCAUGACAGCAAAGAGUGACACGUCGUACAUCGCCCGAUUUGCCCUUCGGCUGACAGAGAACAUUGACAUACCUCGCCUGAGGAGCGCAUGGGAAGAAGUCAGCCAAACUAGAGCUCCUAUCCUCCGUUGCCGCAUCGUGGAUACGCCGACAGAAGGCCUGGUGCAGGUGGGGGUGAAUGAGUCGCUGGAAUGGGAAACGGGCGAUACGGUGUCAACAUUCAUCGAGCAAGACCAACGAUCCAUGGGCCUCUCAACAUCUCUUACUCGCUUAGCGAUCGUUGGAAAUGCCGCAGAUGGCCUCUACUGUCUUCUUACGCAGCACCAUGCGAUCUACGACGGUUAUUCGCUGAAUCUUCUGAUUGAGGAGGUAUCGAGAGUCUAUGCAGGACUGGCUAACCACACACCCGUUGCACCCUUCCAGGCUUUUGUGAAGCAAAUUAUUGAGAUGGACCAGGAGAAAGCGCAAGAGUAUUGGCAGAACCAAUUUGCCGACUCUGAAGCAGUUCCUUUUCCAGCCCUGCCACAUGACGACUACCAUCCCAAAGCCGACAGCACUGUGAGACGUGACUUUGUGGGCUUUUACUGGCCUCAACGGGAUGCCACGGCUUCAACCAUGAUACGCGCGGCAUGGUCGAUCCUAACCGCUCGCUAUACAGACACGGAAGAUGUGGUCUUCGGCGCCAUGGUCACUGGGCGACAGGGCCCUCUGCAAGGGCUAGAUCAAAUGAUUGCGCCUUUAAUCAAUGCUGUCCCGGUGCGAGUAAAACUGGACCAGCAGCAAGACGUGGACAGUUUUCUCAAGGACAUUCAACAGCAGUCCGUUGAUAUGAUUGCCUAUGAGCAGACGGAAUUGCUAGCUAUCCGACGCAUCAAUGCGGAUACAGACCGAGGCACUCGAUUCAACACUCUUCUGGUGGUACAGCCUGCCCAGCACGGCGGUGACAAUACACUCAUCGACGGCCCCUUUGAUCAGAGCAAGAUAGGUUCUGCCAAUGAUGAGUUGGAUGACUACAACCCGAAUGCGGUGAUGAUUCUAUUCCAGCUAACCGAAGACAAUGGCCUGAGUAUGGAGAUCAGCUUUGAUUCAACCGUCGUGGACGUGGUGCAGAUGGAACGGAUCGCAACGCAGUUUGAACAUGUCCUGCGCCAACUGACCGUCUCAACCACCGAGGCCGUCGAGUCAAUCGACGUUGUCAGUUCCCAGGAUAUCGAGCAAUUGUGGCAGUGGAAUGCGGCGGUUCCCCCGGCCAGAGAAGCGUGUGUUCAUGAACUUAUCGCCGACACCGUCAAACGGCAGCCAGAAUCCCCUGCGAUAUGCUCUUGGGAUGGCCAGCUUUCUUAUGCUGAGCUAGAUAUGCUUUCAACCUCUUUAGCAUUACAACUUGUCGCUCUUGGGGCCGGUGCAGGGACUAUCAUUCCGCUCUGCUUUGAAAAGUCCAUGUGGCACUCGGUGGCCGCGUUAGGAGUCAUGAAAGCCGGCGCUGCCUGUCUCGCCAUGGACUCAACACAGCCGGAAUCGCGGCUGCGAUCGAUCGUACAGCAGGUGCAUCCGAGCUUCCUUCUCACAUCUGCGAGAAAUCAUGACUUGGCUCGUAGUCUCUCUGAUGCGCAGGUGCUGAUUGUCGACCGUCAUCACCUUGACUCGCCCGUGGCGCAUGGCUCAUCUACAUUACCACAGACCCAUCCAUCAGAUACAAUCUACGUUGUGUUCACCAGUGGCUCCACCGGUACACCAAAGGGUGUGGUCACCACUCAUCGCAAUUUUGCAUCUGCAGUAACCCAUCAGCAGGACAUCUUGCAUAUUCGGUCGUCGUCACGGGUAUUCGACUUUGUCUCCUACAGCUUUGACGUGUCAUGGUCCAACCAUCUGCAGACCCUGAUCUGCGGGGGCUGUCUCUGCAUUCCGUCCGAAGCAGAACGAAGGAACGACAUCCCGGGCGCGUUCAACCGCAUGGAGUGUGAUUAUGUGUACUUUACACCAUCUGUUGCUCGCUCUCUGGAUCCAUCCUCCAUGCCAGGUCUUCGAUGCCUCGCAAUGGGAGGAGAGCCUAUCCAAAGGUCCGAGGUGGUGCGCUGGACUCACGCAGAGGCUAUAAUUGGCAUCUACGGUCCGGCUGAAUGUGCCCAAGCCCUGUCGUUUGUUCGUCUCGAUAGUAACUGCCAUAACAACCAUGUAGGACGGCCAUACGGUGCGAAUAUGUGGCUGGUCAAGCCAGGGUGCCCAGAUCGUCUCGCAGCCAUCGGGGCAAUUGGAGAGCUCCUCAUCGAGGGCCCCACCGUCAGCCAAGGGUAUUUUGCAGAUCCAGACAAGACGGCGGCAGCAUAUAUCAAAGACCCAUCAUGGCUCCUGCAAGACACGUCCACGCAGCCAGGGCGAUCAGGGACUUUGUACAAGACUGGUGAUCUUCUCCGGUACAACUCAGACGGGUCAUUCGACUUUAUCGGUCGGAAAGAUGGCAUGAUCAAGCUGAGAGGCCAGCGAAUUGAACUGGCCGAAGUUGAAUACCACGUUCGCGUCUGUCUGGGAGAUGCCAGUCUGUCUGCUGGGAUUGCGGCGGAGAUCAUCAGACCGCAGAAUAGCAGUCCUCUACUAGCUGUCUUCAUCAGUUUCCCUCAGAUGGGCAAGAAAUCAGAGGACAGUCUAUCCGCCUUUAGCAAGCUCAUGGAGAGCCUGGAGCAGAAGCUGAGCGAUCGUUUACCUCUAUAUAUGAUGCCCGGCGCGUAUAUUCCAGUCGACCGAAUCCCAAUGACAGCAACAAACAAAACCGAUCGUCGCGCUGUUCGAGAGCUGGGCAAUGCGCAGACUCUGGAAGCACUGGCUGAACUGCAAUCCCAUGGCCACAAACGCCGCGAACCAUCCACCGAGAUGGAAAAGACACUGCAGCUCCUGUGGUCCUCUGUGCUCGGCGUGGACGUGGCCAGUAUCAGCGCCGACAGCAACUUUCUCCGCAUCGGUGGUGAAUCCAUCGCUGCCAUGCGACUCGUUGCAGCCGCACGGGCUCAGAGACUGUCACUCACGGUGGCACAGAUCUUCAAAGCCCCUCGUCUGUCUCAGCUGGCCUUGUUGGUUACGCAGAAGGUGGAGGAAGACGAAGCCUCGCAGCCCCCGCCGGCAUUCGCGUUUCUGAAGGAUGAUCACGCGUCAUUCCUGAAAGAUCACGUCGAGCCCUUCUUGGACGAGCAUGCAGGCACUGUCAAGGAUGUCAUUCCGUGCACCGAUUUUCAAAAACGCGCAGUCAUUGACGCCCUGCAGGACCCUCCUGGGAGACUGCCGCUUUGGAUCUUUGGGCUGCCCCAAAACGUCGACUUUGCCCGGCUGGAAUGGGCGUGUAGAGCACUCGUCGAUCAUUUCGACAUACUUCAUACAGUAUUUGUUCAAGCGGAUGGGCGGUUCUGGCAAGUCCUUCUGGAUGGGUUCAAACCGGUCUAUGAUACGCUGGAUGUUGAUGGCGAAGUGGACUCUUUCACCCGUACACUUUGUGAAGAAGAUCUCCAGAGACCGCGCCAAUUCGGGCAGUCGUUCAUUCGCUUCAUGGCCAUCCGGCAUCGAGGUGGACAGCAUCGCCUGGUCUUCCGGAUUGCACACGCCCAAUUCGAUGGGUAUACCUGGGGCAUGAUGAUCCAAGCAUUGGCAGCUCUUUACCAUCAACAGUCACUGCCGACGCAGCCAACCUUCCGGCAAUUCAUAUCUUUCAGAGAGCAUAAGAAAGCACAGAGUCUCACAUACUGGACAUCAAGACUCCAGACCUCCUGCCAUCCCAGCUGGAGUUCAUCGAGUCCCAUUGAUGCGGUAUACAGUACUGCCGAUCGAAUGACAGUCGCAACAUCCUUCCCGAUGCCAAACAGCCAGCGCCACGAAGGCAUCUCCAGCGCAACCUUUUUCCACGCAGCCUGUGCCAUUGCUCUCGCCCAGCAAUUCGGACAAGAAGAUGUCGUCUUUGGCCGUCUCGUCACAGGCCGCUCCAUGCUUCCUGGCAGUCUACAAAACGUCGUGGGCCCGACCAUGACUGAGGUGCCAAUCAUCGCAUCCAUCCGUCCCAACGACACACUCGUCACGAUCGCUCAGCAGUUGCAAGCCCAGUUCAUCGACGACUCGGCCCAUGAAUCUGCAGGAAUGGAGGAGAUUAUUCGACACUGCACCGACUGGCCGGAGCAGGUGGUCGACUUUGGUUGGCGAACGGCAUUCCAGCAGGAGGAUGAAAUGGAAUUCGAGUUUCUGGACGCCGAAAGUACGAUCAGUGUCCACGAACACGAUCUGCUUCCUCGAGGGCGUCCGGAAAUCUAUGCCACGCCCCGGAAGGAAAGGCUGCAUUUGGAAUUUGAGGGAAACCGGCAGUUGGUCGAUGAGGAUACGGUACGGGAGGUGUUUGCUCGGAUCGAAAGUGUUCUUAGUAUACUGUAGUAGUUUUUAGACAAUUUGUCAAUGUAAAUUCAUAUCACC